CCUCCCCAUAGCUCACAAUCUUCUCUCUCUCUCUGGGAUUGUUCUUGAGAGAAGGGGAGAAGGAAUUGCAUGGGAAAUUGAUUAUUGGCUUUGCUUCUUCUUUCCCCCAACAAUAUUUCUAGUUCCUAGUCAGAUCUGGUGAAAUCGUGAAGAUGAGACUGCAAUUUUUACCCUAUCAUAUGUAUACGGAAUCUGUCCAUUAUGUUAUCAAGAAACGACGGACGUUAGGUGUUCUAGCUGUAAUGUUGGCCAUUGUCCGGUGGCGUCGUCGACGUAGACAUUACAGUCUUAGAAUGUCUCGAAGAAAGUAUGGGCCAUUGGUUGAUAGAGAUCUGGAGAGGCAAAAAAAGUUGAAUGACCUGUACAAUUCAACCGAUAAAAAUUGCAUCAGUCAACUCCGGACGACGGGGCCGCUACGCAGUGGGUUUGAUGAUGUGAACAAACAAGUGAUGCUCUCCCAAUCUACUCUAGAUGGCUUAUCGGCCAAUGAUCGUGGAAUUCUCUCUAAACCGAUUCAGUUCUACGACAAGUUGAAGGAAUUAUUUAGUGGCUCGUCGGCAGAUGGCUCUUUUAUGCAAGACCCUUUCUCUGCAGCUGAAACUGACAAUGAUGAUAAGGUAAAAGAUGACAUGAUGAAUGAUAUGUCCACCUUUGUUGAAGCGAAGGGUCCAACAGGUCAUGACUCGGAUAAAUUAGAUACAAAUAGUGAUGAUUGUGAAGCGGUGGCUGCUCUUGCUGCAACUGAUAGUCAAGUUUCCUCGUCCAAUGUUGCGGCUCUAAAGCCUAACAAGAAAAGUUUCAAAAAAAGUGCAAAGCCAAAUACUCUGCCACCACCACAAAAUGAUAAAGCUAAAAGGUCAAAGCCAAGAUCAUCUCAAGCAUCACAAGAUGACACUAAUAUGGAUGUGCUGCUCACAAGUACUUUGAUGGGCAUACGAGAAACCCUUGCAAGUCCAGUACAGACGGUAGCCCCAAAGGAACCGAAUGCUCCUUUAUGGGACAUGCUCAAGAAGAUUCCGUUGCCACCUGAUGAGAGGAUGUCGGUCGGGAUGCAUCUAUGCAAGCCAGAAUUUGCAGUCCAUCGAGGUUUUCUUGUCAGCAUGGGUCAAGAAUACCUAGAGCGUUGGGUGUAUACAUACUUAUCUGACAAUUAUCCUGCUGGCAAACGUGUCGGCGAUGAUCUUGUUGGUAACCUUGGAAACAAAGAUCCUGCUAGUAACCUUGGCGAUGAUCCUGUUGUUAACUCUACCCCUUUCUGAGUAAGAUUGAUUGGUGGUCUACCAUAUUGUUGGAUCCUUUUGGUUGCAAAACACUAGUUUCUAAGUAGUCAAUGACUAGCUUUUGGCUAUGCACAACUGAUGCCUAAGUAAUGGCUGAUGGUGGUAUUAUUUUGCUACAGCCUUCUGCUUAGUUUCCAAGUAGUAUCAGCAUGCAUGAUAUGAUUAUUAGAUGCUAAUGUGAAAGCUGUGUUGCUUUCUGACUUUGGAUAAGUUUCUAGGUAGUAUCAGGAUGAAUACAUAAUUAGACUUCUGGUUAUGUUAAUCCCAUAAGGAUAAUUUGUGUAUCUCUUGCAUUCCAGAUGUGCUGGACAAUGAGUAUUAAUCAAAUGUAAUGCACUUUGGUUAUUCAACAGCAAUGUUGCUGUGUAUCUUAACUGAUUGGCCAAAUAAUUUUCUAAACUGAUUGGCCAACUAAGUACGUUAAGCAGUAGCAGGAAAAUCUCAAGGCACUCGAGGACGCAACCUCCAGAGCAUCCAGUCCACGGUGCUCAUCGGGAAGUUGUGCACAGCCGCGCCGGAAGGCGUCGGCGGCUGCUGCCCACCAUCGUCUGCAGCGGCCGUAGCUGGAAGCACGACGCCGACGACCGGGAAAGUGCUGCUGGAGGCGAGAAGGACAAUUGGAGUCGCCGGCGUCGCUUAUGGAGCUCCACACCAUUGCCCAGUUGUACAAUAGCAUGUGCAAUCUUCUCCAUUCAAGACUAAUAAGUGCAAAUUGUGAACUCUUUGCCAAACAAGAAGAUAUGAGGAUCAGGCAUAUAGGCCCCAAUAAGGAACGUGGAGAGGUCAAUCUGGUCGAUUGUAGCCACAAGGGAUACUGCUGUAGUAUUUGGGGGAAAGAGUACGUCUGCACCUGAUGGUGAUAUGCCAAAGUUUUGUAUUUUCUAGGUAAAUUUGCUACAUGGGAAGAUUCCUCAAUGGCAAAAAUACACCAUGAUAGUGAUAAUGAUAUACGGAGUACAUCCUAUGCUGAACAAGAGCAAGAUAGAAAAGAGUAAAAUAUUCUCUCC